GCUCGAGCAUCUUCAGUGGGGAACAGCAGCGCUCCUCAACGGCAGGGAACAGACUGAAUAGCAGGAGUCAAGAACUGUGAAAACCAUGUUGAAAGGGGGCACCGCCAAGGCGGCACUGCCCAGGAUGGGAGCCCCGGAGCGGGCAAAGCUGUCUACCAACACCUCCCAAACCUCCUACUCCAGCAAUAUUGGUAUGAAGAUCUCCAGAUCGUCCAGCACCAUCGCUUCAGAGCUGCGACUCAAUAAGAUGAAGAGGGCGAGCAGUGAUGAUGCUCUGGCUAAACCUGUUCUGGGGUCAGUGGCUGCAGUAUCCCGCUUAAAGAAAACCAUCACCACAGGAGCCAUCUCUGAACUAACAGACAACAGACCACGUAGUGCUUCAGGUGUCCAGUCAACCAAAAAAUCUGGGAUCCCAGCUCCUCGUGAGGUCCCCCAAUCAAUUUCCAGAGAACGUCUCUCAUUACGUGACCAACAGAAAGGCUUUACUACCAAGAAGAUGGUCACCAGUGCCAGCACAUCCAGCCUGUCCACUCUGGCCAAGCACUCCCGUGGAUCUGUCAAGACCAAAGCAGAGUCUGUGGCUUUGGACAAGACCCUGCUGGAGAGUCAGGUAAGGGAGCUCCUGGCUGAGGCCAAAGCCAAAGAGUUUGAGAUCAGUAAGUUACGGACGGAGCUUCAGCGACAUGAUGGAAAAGGUUCAUCGCGGGCGGGGAUGGUGGAAGAGAUGUCAGAGGUUGAGAGGACAUCAGCACAGCCUGGUGACAUCCAGCUGCUUUUAGGGGAACUGAGAGAAAAGAAUGGGCGUUUCCAGCGUGAGUUGGCAACCUUGCGGGAAGAGAACCAGGCUUUAAAGCUGAAGCUUAUUGCAUUGGAGAGCACAUCCUUAUCUAUUGGAAAUAACACAAGCAUCACAACACCACUCGAGCAUUCAGUUAAUGGGGUUUUGCCAGACAACAACACUUCUGAUAUAGCCACUAUCAGUGCAGUCAAUGGAAGCCACCUUAAAACUUCAGUGUCAUCAUGUAGUGACACCACCAAAAGCUCUCUAUUACCUUCCUCAGAGUUUGAGAAGAUUCCAUCAUGCUCAGACUCGGUUAGUGGCAGCAUUAAGGGUGUUUUCUCCAGUGGUGUGGUGAAUGAGAUCUCAGUGGAGUCCUUGAAGGACCUCAUUAUGAAGAUGGAAGACAGUCACCACAGUACGGCUGAAGAACUUCAAGCCACUCUACAGGAGCUUGCUGACCAACAGCAGGUUGUCCAAGAACUAACAGCUGAAAAUGAGCGUCUAGCAGAGGAGAAGGGCCCCUUACAGACCUCCCUGCAGCAGCAACGUGAAAGUGCGGAACUCUUGGCCCAACAGAAUGAAUCUCUUCUUCAGAGGCUAAGAGAUCAAGCUCAGAGUCAAGAAGCCGAGGCCUCUCGUGCCUCUCGAACUGCAGAGCUUGAGCAGCGACUGGCUGAGCAGGUGGAGAGCUCCUGCUUUGAAAGAGAGAAACUGGUGGACAUCCAGCAGCAGUUGGCAGGAAGUCUUAGAGCUUUGGAAAAGGAACAUAAGGAGGCACAAGCAUCUGUGAAGAGCUUAAAGGAAGAGGUGGAACUUCUUCAAGAGCGUCUUGAGAAGGAGAAGGUUGCUGGAGAUGAGGCAAUGAGGAAAGCUGAGGAACUGCAACAGGCCACAGAGGCUCUGAGAUCAGAGAAUCUUUGUCUGAAGGCACAGGUGGAGUCAGAGAGGCAGAAGGUAGCUGAGCUAAAGGCGGUGCACAAUGCCAGUGAUAACACAGAGUUGCAAAGUCUGCUCAAAGGGGCGCAUGAAGACAGAGACAAGCUGGAGGUCAGCUGCACGGAGCUACGACAAGAGCUAGAGCAGUCACGCAGUAAAACUGAGUGUGCUCAGGGUGCGCUGGCGAAGGUGGAGGCAGACAGACAGCAGCUGCUGGAAAAUGUGGAGAAACAGGAACAAGAUCAUAAAGCCUACACACUCGCUCUAGAGGAGAAAAGCCAAGAUAAUGAGAACCAAAUCAAGGACCUGAAAGAGACUAUAUUUGAGCUGGAGGACCAGGUGGAGCAGCAGCGGGCGGUUAGACUGCACACCAACCAGAACAUUCUGGACCUGGAGAAUCAAACCAGGAGGUUGGAAGAAAGCAAUGCUGAGCUGGAGAAGCAAAUUAAAGCCAUGAAUAAACAGAUGAAGGAUGAGACAGAAGAGUGGCGGCGUUUCCAGGCCGACCUGCAGACAGCAGUGGUGGUUGCUAAUGACAUAAAGGUGGAAGCUCAGCAAGAACUGCGCACACUUCGCAGACGUCUGCAGGAGGAGGAGGAGCACAGUGCCAGAUUAACCUCAGAGCUGGAGCAGAUCCGAGGGUCCAGGUCAUGGAGUAAGGAUGUUAGUCUUUCUGACUCCGAUGGCAGUCCACACUGGAACCGUAUGUCCUUGUCCCAGAUACCUGGCGGAUUCCUGACUAAUGGGAGUGGAGGCAGAACCCCUUCAGAGCCAGAAGCCACAGUCAAAUCUCUUAUCAAGUCUUUUGACACAACUUUACCAAAUGGACCUAGUAGCUCAGUACAGAUCCAUACAUCUCCCAGAUGCCCCCUGAGUGGCAUACCAGUCCGUAUAGCCCAUGCUGCUACUGUCUCACCUAUGCAGAGGUACUCUGGAAUCAAACCACUGUCAAAGGCCCUGGGGAGAAGAAUGGCCUUUGGAGAUUUCCCUCACACUGGGUCAUGUGAUGAACUGAAGCCCUCAUCUCUUAUGAGAAAGAGUACUUCCCUGGAGUCAAUGAUUAAAACUCCAGCUCAUUUUAACAGCCGAACCUCCUCAUUUACUUACAACAGGGUCAACAGCAAACUCAAUGUGGAAAGAACAGACCCUCUGUCUGCUCUGGCGCGGGAGUAUGGUGGAUCUAAGAGGAACGCUCUACUGAAGUGGUGCCAGAAGAAAACAGAGGGCUAUCCGAAUAUAGAUGUUACAAACUUCAGCAGCAGUUAGAGUGAUGGCCUGGCAUUCUUUGCUCUGCUGCACACCUACCUUCCUGCACACAUCCCUUACCAGGAGCUCAUAAGCAAAGACAAGGGGAGAAAUCUCACUCUGGCUUUCCAAGCAGCCGAAAGCAUUGGCAUCAAGCCGUCUCUGGAUAUUGAUGAAUUUAUGCACACAGACAGACCCGACUGGCAAAGUGUCAUGCAGUAUGUGUUUCAGAUUUAUAAGUACUUUGAGACUUAAUUCUUGACUGAAGGAAGAGAAUGGUAAAUAUGUGGGCACAGAAGAACUGUUAUGUUCUUCAAUGCAGUGGUUCAAAUGCAAACACAUACCAGUCAGGUUCUCCUCUGAAUGCAACCAGCAUAUCACAUAAUCUCAAUAAUCACACAUACAAUACUUCUAGCCUUGAACAUCUCCUCUUUUCCAUACAAUUUGUCCUACCAUU